UCCCACCACUCCAUCAAUCACUCCCUGCCAUGAUCACCUUUCCCCCUCUCCUCGCUUCCACUCCAGCAAAGAAGAGCAGCUAGAACUUGGCUAGCUAGAAUUUCGAUCCUUAUGCUUAUAUAUACAUGAACAGCAUCCAGCAGCAGCAAGAAGACGACUUGAUGGAGUUGCUGGAGACCGACGACGAGCUGCUCGUCGAGCUCCUGGACGCUUCCGACGCUGGCGCCGACGAGCCUGAGGAGGCAGCAGCCCAGCAGCUCGGCUUCACGUUUGACGUUGACGGUGACGGCUGGGGCGAGGUCGAUGGCCAAGAACUGAACUCGAUCUACCCGCACCAGGACUGCGAGGACUGCGGCCUCGACCGCAUCAUGUCCGACUUCGAGUUCGGGGACCACGGAUGCUCACGGUCCCCGGCGCCGUACGUCGUCUUCGACGACGACCUCGUGGAGGCGUUGGAGUGGACGGACACGGCCGAAGCCGCCAUGGGCCCGUUCACCGGCGAGCGCAUGGGGGAGUGGUACAUGGACGGCAUGAUCAUGGAGUGGAACGACGACGGGGGAAGCGGCUUCUCGUUUGAACCCUGCUACGGCGGCGAGGCUGGCACGGAGCAAGUGUACGGCAGCCCGUUGUGGGAGUGAGUCGGUGAACCCGUGUGCGCGUGUGGCUCGUCAUUGUUUAGUAUAUUGUAUAUGUGUGCCGCCUAUAACUAACUACUACUAUUGAUUAGGCUAAAUUCGGUUGCUUCGUCUCCAUUUAGCAAAUGCAGCGCGAUCUGAAUUUGCUGAAGAGAAUAGUGACUUCUGGGCCUUCUGUGCUUGUUUUCAGGAACUCAGAAGCCUGUAGUUGGAGUGAUGUUCCUGCACUCGUCCCAGAGUGGUGUUUAGAUGGUUUAUGCUCUGUAUAACUGUUGUUUGGUUCUAGUUUGAACGAAAGUUUUGUUUCUAGUGCUUGAACCUGAAGAGGAAAUCGAAC